UUGCGGCCCAGGACCUUCCCCGCCACGAGAUGCCUGAGGGCGAGAUGCCCAAGGAGGUAGCCUACCGUAUGAUCAAGGACGAGAUGAGCCUGGACGGAAAUCCCAUGCUGAAUCUGGCCUCGUUUGUCACCACGUACAUGGAAGAAGAAGCAGAGAAGCUCAUGACCGAGUCCUUCCCCAAGAACUUCAUCGACUACGAGGAAUAUCCCCAGACUACCGAAAUUCAGAAUCGUUGUGUUUCAAUGAUAGGCCGCUUGUUUAACGCCCCUGUCUCACCCGGUGAGAACGCUGGCGCCGUCGGCACGUCGUGCGUCGGCAGCUCCGAGGCCGUCAUGCUGGCCGUGCUCGCUAUGAAGAAGCGCUGGAAGAACAAGCGCAUGGCCGAGGGGAAGCCGUGCGACAGGCCCAACAUCAUCAUGUCGUCGGCCGUGCAGGUCGUCUGGGAGAAGGCGACCCGCUACUUCGAGAUUGAAGAGAAACUCGUCUACUGCACCGAAGACCGCUAUGUAAUCGAUCCUGAGGAGACGGUCAACCUGGUUGAUGAGAACACGAUCGGCAUCUGCUGCAUCCUUGGCACCACGUACACGGGCGAGUACGAGAACGUGAAGGCCGUCAAUGACCUGCUCACCGAGAGGGGACUUGACACGCCGAUCCAUGUUGAUGCCGCCAGCGGUGGUUUCGUGGCGCCCUUUGUCGUCCCUGAGCUCAAGUGGGAUUUCAGGUUACCGCAUGUCGUGUCCAUCAAUGUCUCCGGACACAAGUACGGCCUCGUCUAUCCUGGUGUCGGCUGGGUGGUCUGGCGCAGCGCCGAGUACCUUCCGCAGGAGCUCGUCUUCAACAUCAACUACUUGGGCGCUGAUCAGGCUUCUUUCACCCUGAACUUCAGCAAGGGGGCCAGCCAGGUUAUCGGCCAGUACUACCAGCUCAUUCGCCUGGGCAAGCACGGCUACAGGGCCAUCAUGAGCAACCUGACACGGACAGCGGACUACCUGUCAGACUCGCUCGAGGUACUCGGCUUCAUCAUCAUGUCCAAGAAGUCCGGCGAGGGUCUGCCCCUGGUGGCCUUUCGUCUACCACACCUGGAAGACCGCCAGUACGACGAAUUUGCGCUUGCGCACGCCCUUCGCACUAGGGGUUGGAUCGUACCUGCCUAUACUAUGGCGCCGCACACUAAAGGGUUGAAGAUGUUGCGCGUAGUCGUGCGCGAGGACUUCACGAAAAACCGAUGCGACGCGCUGAUUGCCGACAUCAAGCUCAGCCAGCAGUCAUUGGAGCAGAUGGACCACGAGAGCAUCAAGAAGCAGCAGGAAUUUAUUCACAAGCACCACACGGCCAGCAGCAAGGCCACGCACAACCAUCCCAAGUACCGGAAGGAAAACCACUCGCUCCAGGGGAAAACGGGUAAGACUCACGCUGUCUGCUAAGGUAUACCGCGAGAGGCAGAUCAACAUCGAGGGGCUCUGCUUGGGUGUAGCAUGGCCAAGGCGGUCAGUACGCAGGCGAUGGGUAGGAAGGAGAUUGGCGACGCUCUGUUGCUUCUCAGAGCAUAGGAAUUGGGUUUGUUGACGCCGAGGAUUGCAUGCCGGUCAGAAUGGGAUAACUGGUAAGCUCUUUUGACAUUUUCGGCCAACCUGAUCUCUCAAUUUCACGUUGAUUUGAUUGCUAGUGCGCGAAUCGAGGGACAACGCAAUGAAAUGCUAUACGAUGCAAUUAUCUCCAUGAUCGACUGGGGUGGCCUUGACAAAGGACGACGAGAACCUUGAUG